AUGGUGCAGGGGCAGUGCGCAGCAGAGGGCCCGACCGAAUCUGCAUGGACCAGGAGCCACCCGCGAGGAGCGAUCUUAGGUUUGCAGAAAGGAGGAUCCACUCUCAGUAGACAACCCAGCAAAGCUGCUCCCCCCCAAAAUUGCACAACCGGCAUGGCGAGUGUGGUCAUCAUGGGUUCUCUGUUGCCUGGCGCUGAGAUGGGCUCGGACGUCUCCACGCUCCUGACGGGAGGGGGCUGCUCCUCCCAUAGAAAGCUAGUUAGAGGCGCGAGUCUCCUUUCGAUUCCAACCGUGCUUGCCCCCUUCCCGGAAGAAGUGCAGGAUACUCGAGUGCCAGCUGGCACCAGCUUUGCCCACAGUUCUAGUAUAACAGCCCCGCAUAAGAAUACUGGCGAGAUCCAGGACACAGAGGGGCUUAUCCCUGGUCUACUGGACGAGGUUGCCCUCCUGUGCCUCGCCCGCCUGCCCACCAGUGAAUGGCGCUCCGCACGCCAGGUGUCCUCUUUAUGGCGGAAGCUCUUUGGAUCCCAGGAGCGGAUUGAGUUGCUCACCCCCGUGCGCAGCAAAGUCGGCACAUUAGAGAACUGGGUCUUUGUGAAGCCUGCCCAAAUCAGUCCGUUUACGGGGGGACACAGCUGGCGUGCUGUGGAGCUGGAACGGGGCCUUGUGCGUGUGGUGCCCCCCAUGCCAGGUCAGGGGUCCCGAUACAGCUGGACGGAGGCGGGGGUUGCGACAGCGGGGGGCAAGCUAGUUUGCAUGGGCUGGAAGGACGACAACAUCUAUGCGUUCACCGGGAGCAUCUUCCCGGCGGCGCUCAGUUCCUUCCUGUGGCUCUACUGCCCAAUUCUCAACCGGUGGGAGGAGAAGAAGGGGGUCCCCUCCCCGCGGACCCACUUCGCAUGCGCCAGCGAUGGGCGGCGCGUGUAUCUGGUGGGGGGCAGGAGGGGCGGCAGCAUCAUGGAGCAGGGGGAGCGGCUGGCCACCGCUUGGGUGUACGAUACACAGCAGGACAGGUGGGCGCCCAUUGCCGACAUGUUCAGGCCGUGCGAUCAGGGGCGAGCUCGCUUUGUGGAGGGCAAAUUGUGGGUCGUGGGGGGAUCAGCCCGGGCCGCUCAGGUGUACGAUCCCGCGAGGGACUCGUGGACGCUGAUCGAGGAGAUGUGGCCGUGGCCGACUGCAGGCAACAUGCCGCCACUCACGGUGCAUCGAGGCAGCAUCACAGUGGCAGAUAUAGAAAGUCAGGGCAUCUUGCAGUAUAGUCCAGCCAAAAACAGCUGGGUCACAAUCGCGCACAUGAGAGGCUUCUCGCAGCCUAUCGAGGGGAAGAGGCGGCUGUGUUCACUUGAGUCAGACGGGGAGCACUUGUACAUAUUAGGUGGGUAUUUGGAGGCGGCAUAUGCUGCAUAUGGGGUAGCCGACAUUGAGAGCUGGACCGUGAAUAGUGGUUGGGUAGUCAAAGAAGUGGGCGGCAUGGGUCCACUUGGAUCGACCAUGGGUUCCGCUUUAGUGCAGCUCUAGCAAGGACAAACUGAUGGACAUAAGAGCUGCUUAAGUGGUCAGUAUUCGGGUUUCCAUCGAGGGGUUCGCUAGUCUAAAAUCUGGGAUAAGUAAAAGUCAGUUGUCCUAAGUUUGCAACAUAAUAUCAAGAUACAAGAUGCUCCAAUCAGCUAGGUACGUCUGCUUCUAGAUUGUACGUAAGGCCGGGCCUCAAUCAAUCAAUUAAAUGCCCCCUGAAUUGCACUGAUGCACGUGGA